UGGUGGUUAUAAUUUACUUCUAAAUGACCAAGGCCAGAGCCAGCCGUCGUUGGUUUAACUAUAAAAAAUCCACUUUUACCAUCUACCAACACAUGGGAAAAAAAGACUUCCGCUCGAAGAUUUUCAUAAUAAGCGCACUCUAUUAAAUGCUCAGUUUUCAAAAAAUGUUGUACUGGAAUGGAAUUUUACAAAAUAUUAUGUUCAGUUUUAAUGAUGUGAAUACAUAGGCCAGGAACUGAAUUGAUAAUUGAACUAAAAUCUUAUGACAUAUCAAUGUAAAGUUUGAAUUCGAUUACAUUUUGAUGUAAUGAAAGAACUGCGGAAGUACUUCUUUCCAGCCGGGUGAUUAAAGAUGCCAUGUUUACUCCAGCAGAGGGCGCCCAAUUCUAGUAAAGUCGACUCCAACCUAUGCGGUUUGCUAGUCGGAAGUACAGUUUAUUUCCACCGAGCCUGUGUUGCUUCGGACCUACACGGACAAACGUGUGUAAUACCAUGGCAACCAGCAAUCAUGCCACAGCCAAGAAUAAUGCUGGUGGUGACGGGAGAUGAUUUCGGCUACUGUCCCAGGAGGAACCAGGGCAUUGUGGAAUGCUUCCAGGCUGGAGGCAUUUCCAAUGUGUCACUGUUGGUUAAUGCCAAUGCAGCUAAAGAUGCUGCAGAUCUGGCUAAAAGACACAACAUCCCGAUUGGUCUCCAUGCCAACCUGUCAGAGGGCAUUCCAGUGUGUCCGAGCCUCCGACAGGCCUCAUCACUGGUCAACCAGCAUGGCCUCUUCCAUGGGAAGAUGGGCUUUCGUCAGGCCUUGGAGAGCGGUCAACUCAGCAUGGAACAGGUGGAGCUGGAGUUGAGGGCCCAGGUCAGGCUGUUCAGGGAGCUGACGGGACACUUGCCCCACCACAUGGACGGACACCAACAUAUCCACGUACUGCCAGAGGUGCGUGAGGUGUUUGCGCAGGUCCUGUCACAACUCAGGAUUCCAUACACUCGUGUUCCAGUGGAGCCAGGUUUACACAGCUGCCCAUGGCUGCCAGCACACCUCCAAAGAUUCUACACACAGGUGGAGAAAGACGCUUUGGACUCUAUCCCUGUCUUCACACGCUAUGGAAUCAGGUGGCCAAAUGUGUACCUGGGACUGACCACCAUGGGCCAGAACAUGUCCGUCCUCAACCUGCAGAGGGCCCUCAGCCACGUCUUAUCUGCAGGACCCUCAGGCACUACUUCCUGUAGCAUGCCCAGCUCUGAUCAGCCUGUGGUCACGGCAGAGCUGAUGGUUCAUCCCGGUUACCCCAGUCACCCCCAGUUGGGUGGCUGUGGAGAAGGACCUGAUGAGUUCUCCCAGUCAGCUGACAGGCAGCAUGAGCUGAGUGUGCUUACUGACCCCUCCCUGCUGGCCCUCUAUGGCCAGGAAAGAGUGCAACUCUGUGCUUUCAAAGACAUUUAAGCAAUAUUGUCUAAAAAUGACUAACCUAUAUGUAUACUGUAGAGAGCCAAAGUAAAAGUAGAUUUUGUUUAAGAAAUAAAAACAUAUAAUUCAUAAUUGUUUGUAAUAACACAGAUUAGUUUGAAACCAGGCCUACAACAGAACCUUACACAAGUAUGUUGUGCUGCUUUGGUCUAGAAAUGAAACGUCAUUUAAAAAAAACCAAUAUAAUAUUGUUUAUUUAUUUUUUCUUUUUAAUCAGAACUCCAUUUCCCAGAAGCUUGAGGCAGUCAUAGGUUAAAUGUGAUUAGUCAUUAGGACUUGUAACAUGGAUGUAACAAUAGCACAGCUGUUUCAAAGAAAGAGCAGAUCCCAUUAUAUGUGAUGUGCACUGCCUCACAGAAAGAAUAAAGCUGAUACAUUUAAAUGCAAACUAAUAAAUCAUUGUUUAACUUUGUUAGAAUUAUGAAAAAUUCAGGAACGUGUUUCAGUAUUUCUGAAAAACAAUGGAAGAAAACAGUCAACGAGAAGUUUACAGUCAGUUACAAAGGCUACAUAGGAAGUUAUAAUUAGACUUCCACUUUGCAGCUGAGCAAAGCCUCAUCACUGUAGAGUAAAAGUGACUACAAAUUGCAGUGACACUAUGAAACAGGAAAAGUGUGUUCUUUAUAGAAGCCAUACUAGCUGCUGUGUAUUACUCUGAUCCAGAUCAAUACUUUGCACUCAUGUGACCAUCAUUGCACACAUUUAUUACAACUCGGGUUAUAUUUUGAUGGUUUUGUCCAUCAUUUCCAUCUGUUAUGAUAAUGUUCUCACCAAGUUAAUCAUAAGAAUCACUUUGACAUUACUAAAUUACAUUAACGAACAGGAGCAGUCAGAUGAUCAGACUGCUGAUCCAGGUUAACUAAAUAACUUUAUUUGGAGGUCAAACUGAAAGUGAACACAUUUGGAAUGUUGUACAAUAAAUACAAUGUAAAUACAGUAGGUUAAAAUUGAAGCAGGAAGGAUAGCCCUGUAAACUGACAUGGAUGUUUAAAACAGACAGCUGAGAUGAUCAUUUUACUGUUCACUUUCAUUUUCUCUUCCUGGUUAGUUUGACUAACCUGGAGGUUUGUUUCCUGUGAUCUCACUAUGUUCCUAGAUCUCAAUGAUUUCUUUGGUGAGAACAACGCUACUAUAACUGGUAUGUUAUAAUAACAUUGGUAGAGG